CGGAGCGGAGCGUCCAGCAGCGCACGCUCUCCGGAGGAGGUGACGCUCGCCAAGGACGCGCAGAGUGAAGCCGGGCUGCGGGGCACGCGCAUGGCAUGGGAUCACCAUGGUACUAGAGGGGGAAGGCAAGAGCAGCGCUGCCUCUAGGAACGCGCGACGACACGGGAGUGCGCAGAGGAGCCCCUUUAGCGCCUGCGACUGACACCACCUGGAACUGACACCUGCGAGCGAGGGCUGCGCGAGCCGAGCUGCGCGAGCGGAGCCGCGCGGCGCACCGCACGUGCUGCCGACAGAACGGUGACUUUCGGACGCGCUCUUACACAGCGCUCGCGUGGAACGAGUUUAUUCGGCUUUAUUGUUUCGCGGCAACACACGUUUUAAAUAAACCAGUAGGAGGUCGAGGGAAGAAAAAGAUCGCGCUGUUAAAGUUCUCUUAGUUAGUUGUUUUUUGUGUGUGUGUGUCAAAUUUACCUACGACGUUAAAAGGGAACUUUUUGCAUUUCGUUUAACAGUGUUAUAAAUAAAUAACGAAAAUGAUCUACCUCCGCGUGCAGUAGGAAACAUAGUUAAACACACGAACGUAUUAAGGAGAUUUUUUUUUUUGGCUAUGAUAAGCAUCAGAUAAUAAUUGAAUAGGUAUUAUUAUUAUUAUUAUUAUUAUUAUUAUUAUCAUCUCCUAUUAAAAGUUCUGUAGAAGCUGCUCUUUGGCUGCACGUUGUCGUGCGGAAAGUGUGAGCCGCGCCGCUCGCCCACUUCGGAUGGCAGCACGUGCCCGCGAAGCUGCCCGCCAGGUGGGCUAAUCACCUCCCUCCCCCUCCCCCGCCCCCCUGCACCUGCCCCUUCCCCUGUCCCUGCGCCAAUGUCGCCGCCCUCGUGGCCAAGGCUGGCACGGCUCGGCCUGCUCACACUCUGCACCUGGACCUGCGUCGUGGUCCAGGGAUGCGGGCCGGGCCCGAAUUACGGGGUUCGUCCCAAAGGCCGCAGAGUGACCCCCAUGGCUUACAAGCAGUUCGUCCCCAAUUUCUCGGAGAACAACCUGGGCGCGAGCGGGAGGUCAGAGGGCAAGAUCACGCGCAACUCGGAGCGCUUCAACGAGCUCGUGUGCAACUACAACCCCGACGUCAUCUUCAAAGACGAGGAGAACACCAAAGCGGACCGCUUCAUGACCAAGCGAUGCAAAGACUGCCUCAACGUACUGGCCAUCGCUGUGAUGAACCAGUGGCCUGGGGUUCGCCUGCGCGUGACGGAGGCCUGGGACGAAGACGGUCACCACCCUCCCAAUUCUCUGCAUUACGAGGGCCGCGCCGUGGACAUCACGACCUCGGACCGCGACGCCUCCAAGUAUGGCCUCCUGGCCCAGCUUGCCGUGGAGGCCGGAUUCGACUGGGUGCACUACGAGUCCAAGUCUCACGUGCACUGCUCCGUGAAGGCUGAUCACUCGGUGACGGUGGAGAAAGGGGGCUGUUUCCCCGGACGGGCCCAGGUGCACGUGGUGGGAGGGGGGCGGAUCGCCAUGUCCUCCCUUCGGCCCGGAGACAGGGUACCGGCUCUGUCCGAGUCCGGCCGGGUCGUGCCGAGCCGGGUCCUGCUCUUCCUGCACCGCGACUCCGAAAGCAGAGUCCGGUUCCUAGUUCUGCACACGGAGCACGGCCAGAGGCUGUCGCUCACUCCUUCGCACCUGCUCUUCCUCGCCCCGAGUGGCGCCCCGCACCCGAGCCAGUUCCGAGCUCAGUUUGCCAGCAGGGCUAAGCAGGGGCAUUACGUCCUCGUCCAGGGGGACGAGGGGGGGCUGCGGCCCUCUCGGAUUGUCUCCAUAUCUGCGGAGGAAGGGAAGGGAGUCUACGCCCCCCUGACUGAACACGGCACCCUGUUUGUGGAAGGGGUGCUGGCCUCCAGCUACGCGGCUCUAGAGGAGCACGCGCUCGCCCACCGGGCCUUUUGGCCGCUGAGGUUCCUGCUGUCCGUCACACAGCCGCUGCAGGGGAAACGCAUCGAAGGGGGCCACUCUGCAAAGGAAGGGCAAGGCCUCUCUGAGAACCGCGCCACUCACGGCAAUCUCCAGGGCCUGAACGUAACCGGUGGGAACGGAGCCUUCGUUAGUGCCCGGCGACGCCGGACUUGGCCCGUGCCUUCGACCCAGGGAAGCGCAGAGGCGAGCUGUGAGGACCGCGAGCGGGACCGGGGACCGAAGGUGCACUGGUACGCCCGGCUGCUCCACGCUCUAGGCCGCAUUCUUCUGGAUCCGGAAAGGUUUCAUCCAUAGAGACCCGGCGAUUCGGCGGGCAACGCAUCUCGACGUCCCGCGAAAGGUCCGCGUGCGGCCAGCACUUCCGAACGCUGCCUCCUGCUCCUUGACAACAUUCGCUGCCCUUCGAAGCCAUUCGACGUCAGGCCCGUUAUUGACACAUACGUGCAUUUAAAACAUAUUUAUUUAUUCAGCGUGCUUCUACCUACAGUUACCGUUCUUUGCCGUCAUAUUUAUGUUAGCAAGUUAUAAAGCAAGUUUCGAGAAGGUGGAAGGCCCCGGAGAAGCGUUUCUGCUGCUCACGCAUUGCGCAUGGAGACACAGUUAAGGUUUUUACACUGGAAAGGAUGUUCUUUUCACCAGCUCCUGGUGCAAUGCACUCCGUAGCCAAUAUGAAAUCCUUUAUCCUGCUGCAAUAGCUUCCAGAUAUUAUGGUAAAUAUCAGAAAAAUUGUCGUUUGUUUUAUUAACAUUCGGAAGUGGCGUUCGCGGUCGUGUUUUUCUGGAAGAACGAACUAAAACACUGAAAGGUGUAAUUUGUGAAAUCAGCUUUUUAUUAUUCUAAGAAGACAAUGAAAAUAAAUAUGGGC